UUAUAAUUAUUUAAAUAUUUAAGAAAUUAAAAAUAGUAACAAACAAAUAUAUAAAAAAAGUUAAAACUAGAUAUACAUUCAAUGCCAAUUGUUCUAACGUUUUAAUAUUAUAUUAAUAUAAUAAAAUGGAUAAUAUAUUCAUUAGAUAAUAACGUUAACGUUACAAAAAUCUGAAGCGUAACUAAUCGUCCGGAAACUGCUGUGAAACUCAAGCCAGACAAUUGUUGAAUGGCAAGUUCUGAUCGAUUGUUCGUAAUUUUGAGGAAAUGGAUAUCGCUUUCCCCAGGACGUACAUAAAACAUAUAUUAUUAUCAGCAGCGCCUGGAAGAAAGAAAAGCCGGGAGUGCCGGCGUCGACGAACACGGACGAUCGAAGAAAUCGUGCAAGGUUUUGCAAAAGGAGGCCGACGCGCUAGCGAAGUGUGUCAAAGAGAGAAUCGUCUUCUCUCAUCGGCGUGUGUCCCCCACCGCUGUUGUUUCCCCUCCGAGUCUUCUGGCCAUGCGUGCGCCCACGAGGAGGGUACCGCUAUCCUCGUUCUCUUCGCGCGCGGGGCGGAACGUCCCGCCGAUGCGAACGGGAUUGCCGGUUUCCAGCCCUGACAUUGCCUCCCCUCCCCGUACGCGCUCACACUCGCGCUCGCGUUCGCGCAAUCGCGCAUCGCCGAUAGCCCGCUAAUUCCGAACAAAACAUCGAUCGUGAGAGCGCUUUCGCAACGCAGUACAACGCCGGUGAUCGAGGUAGCUAGUGGUGACGGCGACCCGAGGUGUACAGCCAGAAACUUGUCGCCCUUCUGUGAUAACUCAAAGGCUGCUUGGGUCUCGUCAAACUGGUCUACCCUGAUCGAGUUGUAUCUGCUGAUCUCGCGCGACCUUGUACUUUGAGAGAGAUAUAUAUAUUUAACGUGAUUAUCGUUAUCGAGCGGUCACGCUACGCGCACGUUGACGGUCGAGCUCCGAGACCAUCGCAUCCCCUGCCGGCAAAGUACGGAUUUUACUAUUUGUCGUCGCAUGAUCGGGAGACCCGGAAGAAGAAGAAGAAGAGUCGACUGCUAGUAAAGGUCGAGUUCAGAAUGGCGUUAAGCUGGUGGGAGAAGAUAUUUCUGGUGAUAGUGGCGUUCAUCACUUUGAGAAUCCUCGUAAAAGUCGGGAUUCUAACGUGGAAGAAGUUGCUCGCCCCGAGUCUCGGUUUUGGAAUCGAUUUACGAACUCAAGGGAAAUGGGCAGUAGUGACCGGUGCAACAGACGGCCUUGGAAAGGCCUUCGCCAAGGCGCUAGCCGAGCAGGGCAUAAACAUUGUUCUGGUGUCACGGUCUUUAUCCAAGUUGAAGGACGUGGCCGCCGAAAUCGAGCGAAAGUAUAACGUGGAGACUCGCGUCGUCGAAGCUGACUUGACCGAAGGCCAAGUGAUUUACUCCGAAAUUGGCAAAGCGACCCAGGACUUGGAGGUCGGUGUCCUUGUCAACAACGCCGGUGCGAGCUACGACCAUCCCGAGAUGUUCUCAGAUGUGUCGGAGGAAGUGAUCGCGAGGAUACUACAACUGAACGUGGCCGGGGUGACCGGAGUUGCGAGAGCGAUACUGCCGGGUAUGAUGGAACGAGGGAAAGGGGUGGUGAUCAACGUGAGUUCGACGGCCGCGGCUACUCCGAGCCCGUACCUGUCUGUUUACGCCGCCAGUAAGGCGUUUAUCGACAAGCUCAGCGCCGACCUGGCUACGGAAGCUACACCGAGAGGCGUCACCGUGCAAUGCGUUCUGCCCGGCCCGGUUGCCACAAAAAUGUCCAAGAUCAAGAGAGCAUCGUGGAUGGCGCCUUCUCCGGAGAGUUUCGUCAAGUCGUCGCUGAAAACGGUGGGCAUCGAAUCGCGCACAACCGGGUAUCUACCGCAUUCCCUAAUCAUCGGCUUCGUGAACGCGCUGCGUUACAUGUGCGAAACGGGCGCGGUGUGGCUAGUGGCGAAGACGAUGCUCAAUUUGAGAGGACGUGCUCUCCGCAAAAAGAUGAAAGCAGAGGCGUGGGAUGCCUCGCAACGGGACACUGUCUCCAGUUGAAUCGCGUUACAUUUUCAUAACGUCGUUUCUUCGAUGGAUAGCACUGUUUCAUUCAAGUUGUUCUUUGUUAUUGUUUUGCUUUUUUUUCUAUUGACAUCUUUUCACACCUGAAGUAUCCAUUUCUCAAAAUUGUCUUCUCAAAGAUAAAUAAUUUUGCAGUCUUUUGUCUGUUGUUCAUGUAACACAUUAUAUUAUAAAUAGAAAGAGGUUUGUUUAUCUUAUAUAAGAUUAAUGAUAAUGUUGAACUUAUUACUGUAGUCUUUAAACAAAUCUCAAGACACUUAGAUGUUGUACAUUGUACCUAGAUAUCUACAGUGAUUGCGAUAAUAAAAUAAUUAUAUAUAUAA